AUAUAUUUUUUCUUUGUUGUUGAGAAAAAAAAUCAAUUCAUACCCCCAACUUUGACUGUCAACCUGUAGCUGUAGCAUAUCAAGUUAGAAUAGAAAGCCACUAGCAGCUUCUCAAGUUGAGGUUCAUUGAGUUCUCAAACUCGAGAUGUAAAAGUUUGAUGAGUGAUUUUGAAGGAAGAUGCAUUGACCUUUCCUAUUAUAAUAUUUUCGAGCAAGUUGAAUUUAUUUGACCAAACUUCUAUAUAUGUAAUAUGUAUACAUGUAUGUACAUAUAUAUAUCCACCCAACUUAAUCCUGUACGAAGUGACAUCUUCUAUUCUUUUUUGUUAUCCACCAGUCUUGUAAAUUGUCAAUCUUAGGUAGACAUAAGAUUUAAAGAACAGUUGAGUUGGAUUAAGGUGGUAAGAAAGAAGACAGUGUAAGCAAAAUGUGGAGACUGAAAUUUUCUCAAGGGGAUAUUAAUGAUCCAAGUCUUGCAAGCUUCAAUAAUCAUGCUGGAAGACAGUUCUGGGAAUUUGAUCCAUUGAUCACAGGUACACCUGAAGAACAGGCUCUGAUCGAAAAGGCUCGUGCAGAUUUUCGUAAUAGCCGUUAUGAAAUCAAACAAAGUUCUGAUCUCCUAAUGCGAAUUCAGUUGGCGAAGGAGAACGGUUGUGGGGCAGUGGAUUUGGAGCAGGUGAAGGUAGAAAGUGAAGAAGAAGUAACAGAGGAAAAAGUUGUUAUUACAUUGAAAAGGGCACUGAGAUUUUACUCAACUCUUCAGGCUGAAGAUGGACAUUGGCCUGGUGAUUAUGGUGGUCCUCUGUUUCUUCUGCCAGGAUUGAUUAUAUCUUUGUAUAUUAUGAAAGCUCUAAAAACCGUCCUCCCUGAAGAACACACGAAAGAGAUAUGCCGUUAUCUAUAUAACCAUCAGAAUCUUGAUGGAGGGUGGGGAUUGCAUAUAGAAGCACAGAGCAGCAUGUUUUGCACGAUCCUAAAUUAUGUAAGCUUAAGGCUUCUAGGACAAGAAAUGGACGGUGGAGAUGGAGCCAUGCACAAAGCCAGGACAUGGAUUCUUGAUCAUGGUGGUGCUACUUACACCCCUUCGUGGGGAAAGUGUUGGCUCUCGGUUCUUGGCGUGUACGAAUGGGAUGGCAACAACCCUCUACCCCCAGAGAUAUGGCUUCUUCCUUACUUUCUUCCCGUUCAUCCAGGUCGUAUGUGGUGUCACGCUCGGAUGGUGUAUCUUCCCAUGUCGUAUUUAUACGGGAAAAGAUUUGUGGGGCCCAUCAAUAGCGUUGUUCUGUCUCUCAGGAAAGAGCUUUAUAAUCAAGAUUACCAUCAGAUUGAUUGGAAUUUGGCCAGAAAUCAAUGUUCCAAGGAGGAUUUGUACUUCCCACAUCCAUUAUUACAAGAUGUUUUGUGGAAGUGUCUGGACAAAUUUGCAGAACCUCUUCUUAUGCAAUGGCCUUUCUCUAAGCUGAGGAAUAGAGCACUAACCACUGUGAUGAAACAUAUGGAGUACGAUGAUGUAAACUCUAAUUAUGUCUGUUUAGGACCAGUAAAUAAGGUACUUAACAUGCUGUGCUGCUGGAUAAACGAUCCAAAUUCGACAGCUGUAAAACGACAUCUUUCAAGAAUUAAGGAUUAUCUGUGGGUAGCUGAAGAUGGCAUGAAGAUGAAUGGAUACAAUGGGAGUCAGUUGUGGGACACGGUUUUCGCGGUCCAAGCAAUAGUCGGAACUAACCUUCCUCAAGAAUACGGUUUAAUGCUUAAAAAGGCACAUCAAUUCAUCAAAAUAUCACAAAUGAGAAAAGAUAGUGCAGGAGAUUUGAGUUUGUGGUAUCGACACAGAUGUAAAGGCGGGUGGCCGUUUUCUACUUCAGACAAUGGCUGGCCGGUUUCAGAUUGUACAUCAGAAGGUCUUAAGGCUGCAGUUAUGUUAUCGGAGCUGCCGCUGGAGGUUGCUGGAGAAGGAUUAGAACAAAAUAAGCUAUACGAUUCGGUCGAUUUGAUUCUAUCCCUUCAGAAUAGUAAUGGAGGUUUUGCGUCAUACGAGCUCACACGAUCAUACGCUUGGUUGGAGGUGAUUAAUCCAUCAGAAACAUUCGGAGAUAUCGUCAUCGACUACCAGUACGUUGAAUGCACAUCUGCAGCAAUUCAAGGUUUGAAGCAGUUCAACAAACUGUACCCUAAUUACCGGAGAAAAGAUAUAGACACGUGCAUUGACAAGGCAGUUGACUUCAUCGAAAGCAUACAAUUAUCUGACGGCUCAUGGUAUGGAUCAUGGGCUGUAUGCUACACCUACGGGACAUGGUUUGGGAUAACAGGGCUAAUCAAAGGUGGUAAGACUUACGAAAACAGCUUAGCUGUAAGAAAAGGUUGUGAAUUCUUGUUAUCAAAGCAACUUCCAUCUGGUGGAUGGGGAGAAAGCUAUCUUUCAAGCCAAGACAAGGUAUACACAAAUAUUGGGAAAGAUGUAUCGCACAUAGUAAACACCGGAUGGGCUAUGCUGGCGCUUAUUGAAGCAGGACAAGCGAAACGGGAUCCAAAUCCACUGCACCGUGCAGCUAAAGUGCUGAUUAAUUCACAAAUGGAGAAUGGAGAUUUCCCACAACAGGAAAUUAUCGGUGUAUUCAACAAGAACUGUAUGAUAAGCUACUCUGCUUAUCGAAACAUUUUUCCGAUAUGGGCACUCGGAGCUUAUCUCAAUAAGGUCUUGAAAUCAUGAAACAGAAAACAACUGUAUACACGCGUGAAUAUGGACUGUAAGAGCAACCUCAAUCUGUACAUGUAAGAGUGCUUGGUCGGAAUUGGCUAUUAAUGUAUGCAUGCAUUACUUUUAAGGGAAUGAAUUGAUUCAAA